AUGUCCUCGACGAAUGAUUUAAAUACUAUUGAACUACUCGACGAUAUCGAAAAUCUUGUUUUUCUAUGUGAUCGUCUUAAUAAUCGUUUGAUUCAAGUAGCAUCCUAUGUCGAUGAAGUUAAACAAACAUGGGUUAAUAAACGAAGUUCAAUUGAAUUAGAUUCAAAUAUAUCUCCUAUAAUAGCUCAGAAAGCUAUUAAAUGUAAUAAAGUUUUAUUAAAUGUUGCUGAAAAACUUGCAACUGUAGAAUUACAAACAGAAUCAUUACAUAAUCUUCAUUCUUCCAUUACUAAUGUAGUACCAAGUAAUAAUAAUGAUAAACGUCAAGUACAUGUUCCGGUAUGUCCGUCAACACCUUUAGUUAAUAAUUCAUCAGUACAUACAAUUUCAACUAAUGCAUCAAUGUCUAAAAAUGAACCGAUAAGCAAUGGUGUUCGUUUACAAAAAGAUAUACUUCCAACUGCACCACGCUCAUUAAGUGUUGCUACAAAUUUAUCAACAAAUACAUUUACAGCAAGAAAUACAUCAACAUUAUUUAGUGAAACCGUUCCAUUAAAAACACCAGUAGGACAACAACAGCAACAACAACAACAACAACAACAACAAUCUGCCUUUCAUCGACCAUUAUCUGUUCAAGAUAAUAUCGGUCCUCAUCAAACAAAAUUAUCUCCGCAAAAUCCAAUUAUUUCACAUACACCACAAUAUCAAUCGUUAUCAGUAUCAUCAACAAAAGUUGUUACAAAUGGAUCUAUGAAUGGUCAUCAACAACAAAUUUCGAAUCCAUCUGAUUCAUAUUCAUCUACAUUAGUGAAUGAAUCGAAUGUAAUUGAUAACAAAAUUCGAGUUAAAAUGCAAGUUAUUCCAGCUGGUACUAUUUGGCGUAAUGCUGAUAUUCCUAUUGUUGAUCAUCCAUCAGCAUUUUUUGGAUCUAAUCAAGAUCCACGUGUUGCUGAACAAUUUAAUAUGAUGUCUAUUGAAAUGAAUAAUCAUUAUAGUAAACCAUCAAAUACAACUGUACCAUUACAGAAUAUAUCUAUUGGUGAUUUUUGUGUAGCUCGAUUUAGUGAAGAUCAUUUAUGGUAUCGAGCUCGCGUUGUUUUGAAUAAUAAUGCAUCUGUACUUAUUGUUUUCAUUGAUUAUGGCAAUUCAGAAUCGAAACCACCAAAUGAAAUUUAUCCAUUAAUUGAACCAUUAGCACGUUUACCAGCUAUGACAGUUGCUUGUACAUUAAAUGAAGCAUUUCCAAGUAAUGAUAAUUUCUGGACACAAGAAGCAACAGAUGUAUUUAAUAUGAUUGUUAAAAAUCGUAUUGUAGAAAUUCAUUUCCAACAAGGCAUUGGCCAACAAUGGCCACUUCAUUUUGUUAAAGUGAUGCUCGAUGGUCAAUCUAUCGCUCAACAUCCAAAAUUAGCAUCAUAUAUAACAUCAGCUCGAAAUGAACAAAUUGCAUUACAUUUUAAUGAUAAAUUAACACCAAUGGAAUAUAUUUUGUAUAAUGUAGCAGUUGUUGAUUCGGAUAUUUAUAACAAUAGUCUUCCAUAA